AUGUCGAAAGACGACGCCCAACGACUGUUGAAGAAGGUUUUGGGGUGGAAAUUGUUUGAGGAGGAAGGUGGGCUGAAACUGCAGUGCUUGUGGAAGUUGAGGGAUUUCGGUUGUGGGAUUGAACUUAUCAACAGAAUUCACAGAGUGACGGAGGCUUCGGGACAUUUCCCCAACGUCCAUUUGGAACACCCGAACCAAGUGAGGGCUGAGCUCUGGACUAGAACCAUUGGAGGAUUGACUAUGAACGAUUUCAUCGUUGCUGCCAAGAUAGAUGCGAUUAAAAUCUCGGAUCUCGCGCCCAGGAAGCAGGUUUGGGCAUAA